CAUAAACCAAUAACACCCCAUGAAUAAAAACAUAAUUAGAAACUUACGCAUGCAUCAGCUUCCGUAAAUCUCCUACAUCUCUCUCUCUCCUCUCUGCUUUUUACCUUCUAGGGUUUUUGAUCAUCUCUCAGGUGAAUACGUUUUGGUAUAAUCUCAUACCAAUGUCUGCGAAUUCCAAGUCGGAGAGGUCUGCUUCUCAAUCGGCGGAGACGGUGGCUGUUUCUAACCGUGUCGUGGCGUCACGGUCAAGUCGUCAGCCGCGUCUCUCUUUCUCCUCCUUUGCUCCCUCAUCAGAGCACGAUAACCUGAAGAAGCUGAAAUCCGAUGAGAUUUCUCCCGCGAGAGAGGAAGUGCCGGUGUCGGUGAAGGAGAGAGAAGAAACGGAGGAGGAGGAAGCGAAGAGGACGUGGAAUCUUCGUCCGAGGAAGGCUUAUGGUGGUUCGAAGAAAGGAAACGGCGUGUUCACGGCGGAGGUUUGCGGUGGCGGCGGAGGAGGAGGUUCGGAGGUGAAGAAUCAGAAAUCAGGCGCAGGAAUUGAGCCGAAAUCGAACAGGCAGAGAGGAAUCCCGGCGGAAUCACCCGGAUUAGGCGGUGGUGAGGUUGCAAACGAGAAUCAUAGGCUUUGGGUUGCUCUAGCUCGAGACGAGAUCGAAGAAGAUUUGUUCAGCAUGAGUGGGAACAGGUCAUCUCGCCGGCCAAGGAAGAGGGCAAAAGCUAUGCAGAAACAUCUCGAUGUCAUUUUCCCUGGAUUGGGUCUCGUUGGGAUGAAUGCUGAUUGCUUCAGAGUAGCCACUUCUCCGGCUAAGGUUAGCUUUGAUCAGUCCACUUACUUGCUCGAUGAAAGCUUGGAUCAACCUGCCCUUUAGCUACAUUGAUCUGUAGAUAGUAUGAAAUGGAUGAAAGUCUAGACCUUUAGUGAUGAUCGAUGCAAAGGAGUCUUUUGGUGAAGGAAAAAGGGUAGAUAGGUAUGCUGGUGAUCGAGAAUCCAGAUACAUCACAGUAGAAGCUAGGAAGAAGAUAUCUCAAGAGACAUGUUCUUGUCUCAUAUCAAACUUAGUAGUAACUAAACUAUAAGUAAAUAUCGGUAAGGUCAUAUAAUUAUAGAUAUAUAUAAAGAGAGAGAGCGAGAGGGGUUUGUUUUUGAGUUAGUAAUUAAGAUGCGUCUAAGUUUAAUGGCAGAGGAAAACAACAUAAUCUAUGUUUAAAAAGGGUUUUUUGAAACCAUUUAUAACUCUUAUUAGCACAGACAAUGAUUUAUUAAACCAUAUAUAACUCUUAUUAACACACAUAGUUAGAAAGUGUAUUAAGAUCCAUAUAAGUUUUUUUAAGUAC